UGUAGCCAAGGAAUUAUCUACUAUGAAGUAAAAUGUUUUGCGAUGAAAUGCUUUCGUUUCAGAGCACAACGAAAAUUAGAGCGACGACUGAAGACCAUCAAUCGUCCAGGGUUCGAAUCGAGUCUUGACCCGGACACCUACUGGAGUUUACCGUUCAAUCAGUUGAUUCAUCAGAAACGUAGCUUCAUCGGUUGCCACAAACUGUACGGCACUGUAACCUUUGUACCAUAA